ACCGCGGCGGGAGCGCCGGGCCGGGGACGAGGCCGCUGCCGCUCUCGUCGGGCUCCUUCCCGUUGUGUCCCGCCCGCCGCCAUGCGCCACAGCCUCACCCAGCUGCUGGCGGCUUCCUCCGGCGGGGCGAGCCCCUCGGGUGCCGUCUGGCCGCUAGCCGGCGCGGGGCAGGCCCCGAGAGGGCGGGAUGGCGGCGGGGAAGGGGACCCGGGCCCAGCGCGGCCCAAACAACAGCAGCCGCCGCGGCGGGAGGAGAAGGAGCCCGAGGCACCCGGCGGCCCGCUGGAGGUGUGGGAGCAAGAGGACUGGUUCCCGGGCUUGGAGCUGGGAGACCUGCUGGAGGCGGCCCGGCCGGACUGGGACCUGGACGCGGAGCUGAGCGGCUGCUUCUGUGGGGAACCGGAGCCGCUGCCCCCGCCGGGCCCGGGCCAGCGGCCGGCGGCGGUCGGGCGGAGGAAUGGCGGGGCUGGGAGCCGGCUGAAGGCGGCGGCGGCGGCGCGGCUGAACCGGCUGAAGAAGAAGCAGUACGUGCUUGGGCUGGAGAGCCGCCUUCAAGGCCUGGCUGCUGAGAACCGGCAGCUGCGGGACCGCAACCGCGGCUUGAGCCGCCGCCUGCGAGAGCUGGAGCGGGAGAGCAGCUACCUGCGGGCCGUGCUGGCUAACCAGAGCGCCCUAGGGCAGCUCCUGAGCCGCUUAGCCGGGAUCCGCGCCGGCGGGCUGCAGCUCAGCACCAGCCUCUUCAGGGACACGGGCAGCCCGCGCCGCCAUCACCACCAGCUCCAGCCUGCCGGCGAGAGCAGCGACCACGACUACGCCCUGCCCAGCUCCCGGCCUGCCAGCCUGGAGGAGGCGGCGGUGGUGACGGAGACGGAGGAGGAGUGGGCAUCCCCCGGCGGGAUCUGCCUCCACGUGGACCGGGAUCAGGUGUCGGUGGAGUUCUGCUCCAUCUGUGCUCGGCGGGCAGCGGCCUCCUUCAAAAUGUAGGGUCAAGUACCUGCUGCAAGUACUCGUGGGGUGCUCCCCCCUAUAACAGGGGCCUCGUGUCGCGGCGGAGGAAGCAGGCGAUGUUUCUCUUUUAGGUGCUUGCCCUGCCAGGCUCCGUUGUGUAGGGGUUAAAGAACAGUCGUUUUCCACCUCGCAACCUGGUAAGGAUCAAUAUAUUCCCAUAAUGCGGUAUCAGACAGCUUGCUUUGCUUAUGCCAGUCUCUUGUAAUGGCUGGUUCAGGAAAUGAUUUCUCUGGUCCUUGGCCUACUCUGCCAAAAUGUUUCUAGCACUGAAUGACAACUCAAAUUACCAUUGCAUCAUUCUGAUUAGCUGUUUUCCUUUCUUAAAUGAAUAUGCAUGUAGUAGCCAAUACAUGUGCUACAUUUGGAGUUAUAAAUGCUUGUCGUUUGAAAUAGGAGUUUUGAACUAAGCAAUGAGCUGAAAAGGGGAAACAUGCUAAUAAGGGGGAUGUGAUAUUAACAGCCUUUUAAUGUAGGGUACUGUCCACAAAAUGUAAGUAAAAUGCAUUUUUAAAAGGAGAGAAUUUGUGACCUGUUCAUUUCACAUCCUAUCUAGUGUUAGGGAUGCACGGUACCUUUAAAAAGCCCUUCCUUAGCUUGCUCUAAUUCAUGAUGCAGAGUUUUGCCUGCUUAAACAGAACCCAGACACUGGUUUUAGUUGUACAGUGGAAUCCUCAUGUAGAGGAGUCACAUUUUUGCAUGGACCUCUAACAGAAUUGCGGUUUGGAGAAUGCAGUGCACUGAAGUAACUCGUCACUUUAGCUUCCCUUAAGCCCAUCUCUGUGCUCCUGCAUACUCAGGUCCCCAUGUUACUUCACAGUAGCUUUAAAUUGUAAAGGUAUUGCAUGUAUAUGCAUGUGCUUAAUUUUACUGUAGAGUUCUUAAUUCAGCCUCUUACAGUAUCAAGAAAUCUAUCACUGGAUAGAAUUAAGCACAGUUUAGAGAUGAGCAAAUCUGUAUCUUGAGGCUCAUGAUUUGAAAGAUGCUCCAUAAUUAACUGGGAUAGGAGGAAAAAUAGUUUGACAAACAAACAGUAGUGUGUGUUUUCUUGUACUAGUCAGUGUUUCUCCCUAUCACAAAAGACGAGUGGGUUGUUUUUUCAGUUGUAUUCUAACGUUUAGGUUGUUUACAUGUAUGUCAGGUUGGGGGAAGAAGGACUGUGAAAAUGAUAAUAUGUAAAGUGAGGUUUCACAAAGAAUACACUUUCCUAAACCACUUUCAUUUAUUUUCUUAAACAAAAAGAUUCUAUUUAGUGUUUCUGAAGUCUUGUUUCUUAAAGCCUUAAAAGUUGUGUUUAAGGCUGGAGUAGGAAGUGAAAGCCAGUCAUUUGCUGUAUUGGUGCUAGACCCCAUCAGGUGUUCAUGAGUAUAAAAGGAGCCUGGUUUUUCUUUGUGAAACAUCACUGUGUGAUAAAGUAUCUGUGUAUUUAGCAUCCUUGUUUUUCUUUAUGCUAAAGUGGAUUCAGCUGUGUUGGGGCAGAAGAGACGGGACCAGCUGCUGGCCACAUUUCCUGCUUUAUUUUAAAAGGUAGUAUAAGAAAUGAGAAUAAAGAGGUAACAGGGCUUUUGCUGUCUUUGGCUAAACAAAAACAAACGAGGUUGAAUGCUGUGAUCAUUUACUGCCAUCCAAGAUGUUUUCUAUAAAAGCCAGUAUCCUAUCAAACAGGUUUUACUCCACUGUGUGCAAAAUUCCAUCUGGUCAGGGUGUACUGCCAGCACAAAAGAGACUUAGUGAGAUACAUGUUCCCUUAUACCUCAGUGGUAGCAUCAGUGGGACUGUGCAAUCAGUCCUGAAUUGUAUAAUCCUGUUGUAAUGGAUGGGUUACACCAGUGCCACAAGAAUCAGAGUUACCCACUGAAACCUGAACUGGCUGAUAGACGGAAGGGAAAUAAUGGAGCUAGAUUCAGCCUGGGCUUAGUCUGCCAAGCUCAAGCUUCAGGAACGUGCUUAGUUCUAAAGUUUAACAUGCUUGAUGAAAAGAGAAAUGCUCAUGUAGCAAGUAUGAGAUGUUCCAGUGGCAUUUUUACAGUUACUUCAGCCAAGAAGUGGGGUUUGAGUUAACUGAAAUAUGCAUUCUUUCUUUCUGCAUCGCUGCUAAGUGGUAGGAGUCAGGGCCAUAGUUCUGGUCUCUGUUGUGAACCUGCACAUGGCUCACAGACACUACACAUGUGCUGUGUCUGAGAGUAGCUGAUGUUCUGACAUGCAAAAUGGUGUAUACUGGUACAAGAGCAAGGGCAAGUGCCCAGGAAGUAAGUGGCUGCAGGCAUUUCUAGUGCCUACUGAAUCAUAUUUAAACCAAAUAGAGGGGAGGAAGUUAUUUGAAACUCUUAACCAACUGUACUAUCUGUAUGGUGUGUUAUUAAUGUAGCUUUUUGAAGUGAAAGCCUUGAAAUGACAUAACUUAAUACUUGAAAAAUAUAUUGUAAAUGUUUCUUUGUAAUUAUGUGCCAUCCAGAUAAGAAUACAAGAUCGUAAUAAAAUCAGACUUGUUGAUCUUUAAA